GGGAGGGGCGGAGACUGAACUGAAGCGGCGCCGUUCUGUACCUGCUGGGGUUGGAAUAAUGAGAGGUGAUGCCAUCGUCUCCUCCACUGUGGGCAGCGGCCUCUUCCCUUGCUGCUGCCGCCGGUGAGCGACUCCAGCACGGUGCCAACAACAGAUGUGAAGUGAACAGGACCACAGUUCCCUGCUGUUUGUCUUCCACCCUUCUCCAACCAUGGAGUCACAUCUGAGGUUUUCCAACCAGCUGGGACCUUCCUGGAACACAUGUGGUAACAGGCCCUUCCGGCCCAAUGAGUCCGCGCCGCCCAUUUUAAACCCAAAUUAACCUACCCUAUUAGCAAUGUGGGAGGAAACCGGAGCACCUGGAGGAAACCCACGCAGACACGGGAGAACGUACAAACUCCUUACAGACAGUGACGGGAAUCGAACCCUGAUUGCUGGCGCUGUAAUAGCGUCCUGCUAACCGCUACGCUACUGUGCUGCCCACAUUCCUAAAGCUUUCUAAACCUUGCGUAUGCUUCCUUUUUCUUCCUGACUAAAUUUCAGAUCUCUCGCGUCGUCCAAGGUCCCCUCACCUUACCAUCCUUGUCCUGUUUGUACCGGUGCCACCUGGAAGAGAGCCCAAUGAUCCAGAAACCAGCAGCCCUCCUUGCUGCAGCAGCUCCUGAGCCACACGUUGAACUGCACCAUGUCUCACCUCACCAGCAUGUGGCACGAGCAUGAAUCCUGAGAUGACAAUCCUGGAAGUCCUGCUUUUUAACCUUCUACCUCGCUCCCUAAAAUCAGUGUGCAGGUCCUCAUCCCUGCUCCUGCCUAUGUCAUUGGCACUGUAAUGGACCAGGACCUCAGACUGCUCACCCUCUCCUCGCAGAAUGUCCUCUACCUGCUGCGAGACAUCCCUGACCCUGGCACCAGGGAGGUAACACACCAUUUGUGUUCCCAACACACUAUCAAUAGGUUCGUGCACUCCUCCUGGCUGUAAGUUUAUCUGCCCUACCAGUGCUUCUUGCAUUGAAACACACACACUUCAGCCCCUCAGUCCCACUGUGUUAAUUUACCCGGCCCUGCCCGUCUUCCCCAUCAGGCUGACUGUUCCCAAACCUGACCUUCCCCUCAGUCCCCCCACCUGCUGACCUGCAGCUCUGGUCCCCACCCCCUGCCACACUGGUUUAUACCCUCCUGAGUAGCACCAGUGAACCUCCCUGUGAGGACAUUGGUUCCCCUGCAGUUUAGGUGGAACCCGACCUCCUUUUCCCGGUCCCAUCUGCCCUGGAAGAGAGCCCAAUGAUUCCUGUACCUGAAUCCCUCCCUCCUGCACCAGCUCCCUCGCCACAACUUUAACUGCACUGGAGAAGUCACCAGGAGCACAGAUCUGCUUAUAAUUCCUGCCCCUUCCUGUGACCGUGAUUUUCAUUCCCCCCUCAGUGUCCGGUACCACAGCUCUCCCAGAUUUGUAUUUAAUGAAUUAAUCUUCUCAUCACUGGAGGCCUCUGCCCCCUCCCCCACCAACUCUGUGUGUGAGGAGGGCGCUCUGCCCUGUUCCUGGGCCCGGGGAGGGACGGACGUCACUUUCAGCCGCUCCCUCAAGUAUUUGUUGGCGAAUGGAAACGGAUUUCUGAUAAUUCGGGAGCAGGGGAGGCGGUGAAACCGGGAAAUCCUUCAACACGGACCUGGGGUGUGAGAGAGUUUAUCCGGAGCGCUGUGUUUCCCUUCUGUUGUGGGGAAACCGGUGGAAAUUGGCGGUUGUGGCAAAGUGGGGGCGGAGCUGGGAGAUGAGAGGCCGCUCCCUGCUCUGUCUGUCCCUCUGACUCUGUCCCCUCCCCUCCCCGCCUCUCUCUCUGUCUCUCUCUCUCUCUCGCUGCGCCUUUCUCGGGCAGGUCGGGGCGCUGUGUAUAAAAGGAGACAGCAGCAGUCGGAGUGUCAUUGAGCAGCGACUUGAGUGAAGCAGCAUCAUGUCUGGCAGAGGGAAAGGAGGCAAAGGUCUGGGCAAAGGCGGGGCCAAGCGGCACCGUAAAGUGCUCCGUGAUAACAUCCAGGGCAUCACCAAACCAGCCAUCCGGCGCCUGGCUCGGCGUGGCGGCGUCAAGCGCAUCUCAGGGCUGAUCUACGAGGAGACUCGUGGGGUGCUGAAGGUUUUCCUGGAGAAUGUGAUCAGGGACGCGGUCACCUACACCGAGCACGCCAAGCGCAAGACGGUGACUGCCAUGGAUGUGGUGUACGCUCUGAAACGCCAGGGCCGCACUCUCUAUGGCUUCGGCGGCUGAAGAACUCUGCCCUUUCUCCCGAGCACAACACAAAGGCUCUUCUCAGAGCCACCCACCGCCUCACAGAGGGAGCAGUGACCCGGAGAUCUGAUGUAAUGUCAUUGGACUGAAAUGUUAACUCUUUAUUUCCCAGAAUGUUCGAUUAUAUUUCAGGGACUCCGGUGGGCGAGAUUUUCAUCUAAUUAUUGACAACUCUGGAGGGGUAAUUGGGGGUUUGUAGAAUAUUGUUAGGAUGCAAACAUCAGCACCGCUUGGUCACCGGUUGUACUGUCGGCGGUGGGAUUUGUUCAGGAAGCAGUGAGCAGAUCGGUGUCCCCGCCUGUUACACACCGGUAAAGUCCAGAGUCAAACCACACUGUGGAACACAGACUGGGCGGCAUCAGGUCAGGAAGAGCGGGGUUGUGACAUUAAUGGCUGGAGAUCAAACUGCCGCUCUGUGGGUCAGGACUCUGGAAGUGGCGGCCUUUCUGAAGUUCCCCAUUUCCCCACUCCGGACCCAGUGAAUCCGCUGUCUCUCCGCUGGGAGAGAGCUCCAUUCAUCCAUUCAACUGGCGGAAGCGGGAGGAACAUGACGAGAAGGGAAGAGAAAGUUACUCCGCGUGUUUCAGACGAAGAGCGCCGGGCGGUGUCGCGGCUCUGGCAGAUACACAGGCCGAUUGCCUGGAAACAAAAUUGCCCCGCACUCGCCUCAGCCGGUGCUCAGGCGAGCCCUGCUGUUCUUUGCCCUGGUGCUGUGAGCGGUGUGUGCAUUCUGCGGGGCUUCAUUUGAAAUGGUGCCGGGAGUUACUGCUGUUCAGCGGACUCUGGGCCCCGCUGUUAUGUCCGCUAUCUGGACGUGACCUGGUUACAUUAAAAUGUAUAAAUGAUAAUUGUACUCAUUAUGCUGUGCGGCCCAUUGAAAU